GUUAAUGUAAGAGUAAGAAAUGAGAUAUUGCGAGGAAGCCUAGUAGACUUUGGAGCAUCGAAGUAAAGCGGCAAACCCUACGACACAUUUUGAAAACUGCGGAAGCAACAAUGGAUGAAGAAGUCGUAACGGAAAGCAGAAAAGAAACAGAAGUAGCACCGGCACUCGUCUCCGUCCAUCCAGACGGACACUACGUCGCCGUCGCAGUCGGACCGGAGCUCCGCGUCUUCGACCUCAUUGGCGGUUGUGCAGCUUCUUUAGUUGACGAUUCCGUUGACCAACCCUUCCAUAAGGAUAAUAUUAGAGCCAUUCGAUUCGGUGCAAAUGGAAAACUCUUCGUUUCCGCUGGUGAUGAUAAAACCCUCAAGAUUUGGUCAUCGCAAUCUUGGCAAUGCAUUUCCACCGUGUCAUCGGAAAAGAGAGUUACUGCGGUUGCGAUAAGCAAUGACGGUUUACAUGUGUGUUUUGCUGAUAAAUUCGGUCUCGUUUGGGUUGUGGAUCUCAAUCAACCUUCACGUGAUAAGAAGCCAACACCGCUUCUUUCUCAUUAUUGUAGUAUCAUCACUAGCUUGGAAUUUUCACCAGAUAAUCGGUUUAUUUUGAGUGCUGAUAGGGAUUUUAAAAUUCGUGUUACUAAUUUUCCCAACAAUCCCUUAAAUGGAGCUCACCAGAUACAGAGUUUUUGUCUUGGUCAUACAGAGUUUGUUUCCUGCCUUGCCUUUGUUCCUGCUCAGGAAGGUCCUCAUAGUCUUCUUUUAUCUGGCAGUGGUGAUUCCACAGUCCGAUUGUGGGAUAUCUCCUCUGGAGCACUCCUAGACACUUGUGAGGUUGCAGUUAAGGCAGGACUUUUAGAGUCCAACGGUAAAGCAGAGGAGCAUGACCAUGCUGUCACUAAUUUGUGUACCACACUGGAUGGUUUGCUUGUUGCUGUGUCCAUUCAGAGCUUGCGUGGAAUUGUAUUGUUGCGCUGCAAUGUUUCUGCGCAAACACUUUCUGUUGCCAAGGUUGUUUCUAUUGCAGGAGAGGCCUUUAUACCUACCUGCCUGGCGAACAACCCCCUUACAAGGGAAUUGUGGAUGGUUACAGGUGUCUCUAAUUUACCUGGUUAUAAUUACCCCUCUUUGGCUCGUGUCCUAGUAAUUUCUGGUAUUGAUGUUGAGCAAGAGCCAGUUGUUCUGGGUGACAAUAAGAUACCUGGAGGAGAAAAGCUGCUAGAAACAUUGCAAGGAACUGCAUCUGUUGACGAUAAUGCUUUUCUGGUAGCAGCUGAAGCAGUCAAAGCAGCAAUGUGUAACCUGUUAAUAAAGAAGCAAUACCCUUCAGAGAAUAGAGAAUAUAGGAAGAAAACCAGAAAUGAUAGAAAACUCAAAGAGUAGCAAUGUGCAAUCAAAUUUUGUUUUUAUUAAUUUAUGUUGCAGCUUAGCUCAGUUUCCUUGAUUAGAAGUUCUCAAAGACUAAAUAGUCUUGAUUUGUGUCUCGUAUUAUUUAUUUUUAUGAAUGAGUGUCUCAAUAUUAAAACCAUUAUACCAUCAAUUUUGUGGCCA